CUUGCUUUCUUUCUGUUUGAAUAUCCAAUUUUCACGUAGCUCUAACUUGCUUAAUCAAGGAAGGUAGAUGUUUAAAGAAAAGGGUUGCUUUUUCUAGCAAAAGAUUCUCUUGUAAUCUAAAAAGAUUCUCUUGUAAUCUAUUUUUUGACACUCAAAACUUUCACCAAUAAUUGGAGAUGAAAAUGCUUUCUACAGAAAGACCCUCUAAGCCGGCUUUGCUCAUCAGUAGAAACGGGAAUUUCAAAACAGAUAUUGAGCAGCAUCUGAAUCUGACCACUGAUAGUAGUAAGGCUGCUGUCGUGUCCAUCAUCGGCAUACAAAGUACCGGAAAGAGUACGCUUUCGAAUUGUGUGUUCAAAACUGCCUUUGAAGUGAUGGAUGAGAACAAGGGAAUGGCUCAAACGACAAAGGGAAUUUGGAUGACAAAAUGCCCAUCACCAAGUGGUGGCUCUCCAAUUCUUGUUAUUGACACAGAGGGUAGUGAUGGAUGUGAGCGAGAGGAGGAUGUCACAUUUGAGAAACAAACAGCGCUUUUUUCCUUGGUUGUCUCAAACACAGUUAUAAUGAACAUGAAAUGUGACAAUGUUAAUCUUCAUAACGGCGGGGGAUGGUCACUUUUACGAACUGUAUUCGAGGUGAUGAUUCGAAAAUGUAAAACUCGAAGAAAAGUGAAUCUAGUCUUUGUCCUUCGUGAUAAAAACGGGGUCCCAUUGCACGUGUUGGAAAAGCAGUUGGUGGAUGGACUUAAAAAGAUAUGGGAAGAAACGUUCAAGCGCCAAGCUCUACCGAAAGCUGCACUAGAAAAAUACUUCCAAAUUAAAGUGGAAACAUUGCCUCAUUAUGUGCACCAGGAGGAUGCGUUCCGUGAAGAGGUGGGUCGCCUUAAAGACCGGAUUAUGCACUGGACUAGAUCUGGUGAGAAGAUUCCAGCUUCAGGUUUUGUUGGUCUUGCCCAAAAAAUCUGGUGUGACAUUAAGCAGGAGAAGGACCUUGACUUACCACAACUCAGAAUCAUGGUUUCUGGAGUACGCUGCGAAGAAAUUGCUGACGAGAAGUAUAAGAGUUUUCGUAAGGAUGAGUCCUGGACUAAGAUAAAGGAGCAGGUUGAAGAGAGGACUAAGAUAGAGAAGCAGGUUGGAGUGUCUCCUGAACUCGAACUACACUUUGGAAAGAAUGUCAGUAAAAUUUGGAUGAAGUAUUUAUCCAAGUAUGAUGCUGAUACUCAACAUUAUCAUCAAACUAAAAGGGAUGAAUAUAAGCGGCGACUGACUGACAAUUUAUUGAAGGAAAUUGAGCCAAUCUACCAGUCUCUGGUGAAGCACAUGUACCAGGCAACUCUACAAAUGUUCACGGAAGCCGCUCUAAAAGAGAUAGAAAAGACGCAUGCCCUGUCUACUCUGCAAGCCCACAAUUUCAUCACUAAAUUCAAGAAUCAGCUCAAAGAUGCUGCCAUCAGACCAGCAAACUUGGAUUACAAAAUCAAACUAGUUGCCGAAAUAAAGUCAGAAAUGGAUAAAAGCAUAAGAAGUUUUCAAGCAAUUAUUGAAAUGCUUAAACAGCCAAAGAAAGACCGACAAAAAUUCUGGGAAAAAGUUGUGAAGAUUGGGGCUCAUACGUUGAAUGUUGCCGUCAGCGCAACUGUAAUGGCUUUGGUACCUGGAAUUGGAACAGCCGUAGGCGUUUCACCACUCAGCGCUUCCGCUUUGUCGAUCAUUUCAAUUCUAAUGGGAAAGAAUUCAGAGAGCUCAGAAGGUCAUGUUACCGCUAUGACUUCUACACUGAAAGAAGCAUAACAGGUAAGAGGUGCAUCGCUUCUAUGGCCAUUUUGGUCGAUUUAUAGGUCUGAGAAUAAUUUGUUACAUGAAUCUGUCUCCAAAUGGAUUAGUGCCGCAAUCAUCCAGUAAAGCAUUCUAGUGUAUGCUUACUCAUGAUUAGUGUAGCAAAUUAAUUAGCUAUGAACGUUGCGAUUGCAAGUGGGCAAAUUCAAAAGAUCAUAUGUAUAACGUAAAAGUAAUCAUUUUAUUGAAUAUAGCAUGAAAGUACACAAUAGCAUAGAGCUACUCCACAAGUGCUCUGUAUACAGUAUUAUGUUCAA